AUGUUCAAUCCAUUCUCCAAUUUUACCUCUCCCAAUAAUAACCAAUCACCACCGAUUGCCGGUAGAUACUAUGACAAGUCCAUUCUCUCUCCAAAAUCACAAUUCAGUUAUAAAGGUGGUGAAGCAUCAUGUACCUAUAUUUGUCUUGCAGCCGUUGAACAUUUCCUCCGAAACUACAAGAGAAUGAGACACUAUUGUUGUGUGAUUGAUGAACAAUUUAUGACCAAGAGUGGUCUACAUCUCGACAACAGUUUAGAUGCCUAUGUUGAUGAACUUAAAAAGCAAAUAAUUUCUGAUAUCGAACAUAUCAUGACAGUUGGUGUUUGUAAUGAUCGACGAGUGGGAUACACUUCAUGUGACGAAGUAUACAAUAGUGUGGAUCAUUACAAGAAGAAUCUCGAACUCAAAUCCAUGUUCAUUGGUAAAUUAAGAGACAAUAAUAUUUUCAUGCAAUUAUUGAAGGAAAUUGAAGUACACUCACUACAAAACGAUAAGCACAUUACAGCUGUCGUAUUGACCAAACCUCCUGAAACCAUUGCCAUCUUACACGAUGGACAGUGCAGUAAUGAAAAAUUCUAUUCUUGGUAUAUAUUCGAUUCACAUCCUAGAAGAUUUGAAAAAGGAGGAGGAGGUGGUUUUUACUUGUUCAAAGACAUUCAUGAUGUUGACAAUCAUUUGAAAGAAUUAUUUUCAACGAGUUCAGUUGAAACAUACAACCAUGUUUUUAGUGGAGAUUCUUACAAGAUGGCAUCGUAUGCCAUGUAUGAAGCAACCAUUGUACAAUUGAAAUCGAAUCAAGCUGAAACAACAAGUGAUACCAAGGCUCAGACAACAUCCACUCCUGUCUCUCUUCCCACAACUAUGGACAGCAACAAGCAAGUAUUGAAUCAGACUUCAUCGAAUCAAACAUUAUUAACACCCAAUGUACCUUCCUUGGUCAAGAACAAUGAAGAACUGGAACAACGAUUGAAAACAUUAGAAAGUCUCACAAGACGACAAUCAGAAGAAAUUCAAACGUUAACCAUGUUGUUAGAUGAAGAAAGAAAUCAUUCGCAACAAGUCCAAAACGAAAAUUUAAUGCUCAGAAACAAAAUUCUCAAUCUCAAACAACAAAUUGCAAACAAAGGUAACAACAAACCAUUAUUCGAUUUAUUUGACAAUUUUUUGAACUAA